GAAAAGUUCUCUCUAACCGAAUUUUGAUACCCUCAUCGAACGGCGAUCGAAGAAAUGGAGAAAGAAGGUCUUGGACUUGAAAUCACGGAGUUAAGGUUGGGACUUCCCGGUGGUGAACCCAUAUCAUGUGUAGGGGACAAGAACGAGAAGAAGAGGGUGUUCUCGGAGAUUGACGUUGAUGGCGAUGAAAACAGCUCCUCCGGUGACCGGAAAAUGCAAACCAAGAAUCAAGUGGUGGGGUGGCCUCCGGUGUGUUCCUACCGGAAGAAGAACAGCAUGAAUGAAGCCACAAAAAUGUACGUCAAAGUUAGCAUGGACGGAGCUCCAUUUUUGCGUAAAAUUGAUUUAGCCAUGCAUAAGGGAUACUCCGAGUUGGCCUUCGCUUUGGAGAAGUUCUUUGGUUGCUAUGGAAUAGGCGAGGCGUUGAAGGAUGCGGACAAUUCUGAACACGUUCCCAUCUACGAGGACAAAGACGGUGACUGGAUGCUGGUUGGAGAUGUCCCUUGGGAGAUGUUUAUUGAGUCGUGCAAGAGGUUGAGGAUUAUGAAGAGAUCAGAUGCAAAAGGCUUCGGACUGCAACCAAAAGGGUCUUUAAAGGGAUUCAUAGAAGGCGUGACAAAGUGAAAGAGAUGAAGCAAAAG